UUCACACUGCAUAUCUAACCUAGUACCGCGCAAUGUCUGCUCAUUCCUCAAAUCCAGAUCCUGUUCCCGUUGUCAUUAUUGGCUGGGGUCGUGAAAAUGGCGUCGUCUUCAUGCCGAAAAUAUUUGCAGAACACAAGUCUCCGUAUGUCAUGACAGCCAUGAUGGACUUUGAAGAGACAUUAGAGCCCUACCGAUACUCGCCACACAAUCUUGGAGUCGUUCUGCAUAACUUGCAUCCUCGCCCCAGAGCUCUCAUUAUCGGUAUCGCUGUUCCACCUUCUCUCAUAGACGAAAUCACCGCUGUAUGGAACGAGUAUGUGGACUCAGUUUUAAAGAAGGAGUCUAAAGAUGAUCAAGAUUGGAAGAAGAAUGCCAUCAGCCCGCUUUCACUUACGCAUUACGUUGAUCCUGCUAUCUUUGAACAUCCACCGAUGGAUAUGGGUUGGGAGAAAGAGAUGUUCAAACACCUUGAUGCCGUAUUCCGACCUCAGAUCCAGUGGGACUAGAGGGUCCGAUGUUCAGAGGACUUUUAGGCCACAGAAGCAUCAAUGUUCUGGUAUAGACAAUGGUUGCCUUGGAUACGCGAUAUGUAGAUCACUAUGAGAACUGCGUGUGUAAGCUUGUGUAGUUCCCAAGAAUCCUGAAGAUUGAGUUUCAUGGCCAUUCUUUUUGCUUAACGGCUUCUCCAGG